GUAUUGUAAAGUUUUCUGUAAUGUGAUGAUGUAUGUAAAGUAUUGUUUUGUAACAUUACUUACUUACUUCCAGCAAAUGACGCGCUGCUAACUUUUUUCGGUACGUGCCGCAGCGGUAACAUUCGAGUCUUUAAGGUCACGAUUGAAGAUGAGGCACUACAGCUUGGGGAGUAUCAGGAGGCAAGGGGUUCCUGGGAAGAUGACUACAACUUGAUGGUUUUGCCAUUACUGAGGGAAAAACAGCCUUGCUAUCUUCUCUACAGGUUGGAUUCAGAGGCACAUGGUGGAUAUGAAUGGCUUCUGCUCUGCUGGUCACCUGAUGACUCCCCAAUCAGGGAGAAGAUGUUGUAUGCUUCUACCAAAGCCACUCUUAAAAAGGAGUUUGGUGCAACACAAAUCAGUGAUGAGUUGUUUGGCACAGUAGAGGAAGAUCUCAAUUUAGAUGGUCUUCAUCGCCAUCGUAAAUCAGCUUCCGCUCCUGUUCCACUGACCAUGAGGGAAGAAGAAAUGAAAGAAAUCAAGAAACUGGAAGUUGGAGUUGAUAUCAGCAUAGACACCAAACACCAGACCCUUGCGGGCGUUGCUUUCCCCAUAAUGCAAGACGCUAUAAAUUCCAUCAAGCGCUUUGCAAGUGGGGAACUGCAGUAUGUGCAAAUGAAAAUUGAUACAACAGCUGAAGAAAUUCAACUUGACAGUGAUGUUGCAUCGCUUCCCAUUGACAAACUUCCCGCUCAUAUUCCUGAUUCUGCUGCUCGAUACCAUCUGUACCGAUAUGACCAUAAUUACGAAGGAGACUUUUUCCAUAGUGUUUUAUUCAUCUAUUCCAUGCCUGGAUACAACUGCCCCAUCAAGGAGAGAAUGUUAUAUUCUAGCAGUAAGAGUCCUGUAAUUGACCUUCUGGAAAAUUCCAUAAACCUAGAAAUUACCAAAAAGCUGGAAAUUGGCGAAGGUGCCGAGUUGACUGAAGAAUACCUCCUGGAUGAAAUUCACCCCAAGCGAAACUUACACCGUCCCAAAUUUGCCAAGCCAAAGGGCCCAGCCAACCGAGGGGCAAAGAGAUUGACACGAGCACCAAAGGAUAGUCAAGUAGAGAGUUAGUUCUAUUGUGUGACAUAGUCUAUUAGUGUAUAAGUUAAUGAGUAUUUAAGAAGCUUUGACUGUGGUACAGUACAUUUUUAUAUGGAUUCUUGAGAACUCUUUGAAAAUUAUGGCAAAGAAUAUUUUGUAUGCACCAAUAAUAUCCUGUGUUGGAUUUCUUUUUGUACUUGGAAAAUUUGAGUGCUAUUGAUUGUCAUUUCUACUGUAUAACUAGAAAAUGCCAUUAUAUUGCAGAGCUUCAUAUUUUUGGUCUGGUGGUUAACAUUGUUGAUUAUAGGAGCUUUAAAUACUGUGAAAAGGACUUUGAAUAUUUUUUUAGUCUGAGGUAAUUUUGACUUGUUAACAGUAUUCGAAGUUUGAAGAUUGUACAGUGCGUGAUUUGUUAUCUGAUAAUUAGUAUAUGCUUUACCUUUGAAAAGUGAGCUUUAAAAAUGUGGUUUUAAGUGACUUUGGUUUUAGUAGAAUAUUCAACUUUGGUAGGUUGUUGACGAAAGAGUUAACAUGUAUUAGGUUUUGUUAGUUUUGAGUACUUUAUGCUGUAGCCCCUUAGUAGAAACUUUUGGUUUUGGUUGAGUUACCUCUUUAGUGUUAUUGCAUUCUUUGCAUUUAGUUGUAUGCUUUAUUAAAUUUUAUUUGAACAAUUGAUCUUCACAUUCUUCCUUACACUUAUUCUGUAUUUUUUACUUCAAGGCAUUUUAACUGAAGUAGGUAUUCGCAGUUACUGUGAUUAUUAAAUUUAAAAAAGCACCUCUUGACUCCUUUGCUUGGGUCUAUCCAAAUCGAGUGAAAUGCUGUUAUACUUGAAGUUACAGUUCUCUUACCCUCCAAAGUUUAUUUAUCCUUUUCUACCGUAGCUUGCAGGAUAUUUCUCCUUAUUAUUUCAGCAUCAGAUGAUGCAAGUUUAGUGCAUGAUAAAAAAAAAAGGUUAACCAUUAUUAACAUUUUCACAAAUCAUAUUUAUGUAUGUACAGUAUGCCAUGUUGAUGUCUUCAGUUGCCUCUGCACAAUAGUUUAUUAUCUGCUGGAAUGCACUGAACAGAGCAGAAUGCUCAAGUAUCAUUAUAAUAAAGUUAAGAGGAAAAUGUUUGAAUAGAAUUUAAAAAAUGAAGUACAUUCAGCUCAUAGCAGGUUGUAUGCCUAGUGUUGAGGAGUACUUGUUAAUCUAGUGAACAUGAUCAGAAGGGCCUAACUUUCGAAUUAUGUUUAGAUAGAAAAAAAUAUUUGAUGAUUAACGUGGAUUACUGUCUCUGUUUGAAUAUGGGGCCCUUGUAUCAUCAGACAGAGACCCUUCAUUACCAAAGAUAAUUCAUCACAUCUAGGUCUUUGCUGUUAUUAAAAAAGAAUUGCUGCAUCUUUAGAAAUGGAGUUGCUCAUGUAACUUGGAACUUGAUAUUUUAGUUAAAUAAUACUCGAGUAUUUUAUAUCAUCUCAAGAAAAUCUUGAUGAGGAGCAGUUUCAGGUCUGUGAAGUUGGGAUUGAUUGGGGAUAGUGUUGCCAACUUUGUAUCUGCAAUUCUGAUUCAGUAGUUAACAUCAGUAAAUGUUGAAGGUGUCGUAUAUAUUCUCAGGAUUUUUCAAGAUUUUUUUUAAAGGUGCUAUACACUUGGUUUGAUGGGCAGAAUGAAAACAUAAAAAUAUAAAAGCCAGAAAAUUGCUGAGUAUACUGUAUAUAAUACAAAGAUAAACAUUCUGUGUAGAUUUGAAAGUGCAGGUAUAUUUGCAGUUCCAGAUUUUACCAUUUAGUUAUGUUUCAUCUGGUGAAUUAGAAAUUUUUAAUGAAAUGUUUUGUGACUGAAAUUCAAAGCAGGCCUAGAAGUUCAUUCAUAAUAUAUUUUGCUCAGUGAGACUGUGUCCAAGAAGGAUGUAGUUUAUUAUUUUACCUUGCUGUAGAAUACUAUAUUAUCAUGAGUGUAUACAGCGAGCGUAAGUACUAUUCAUGAUAACUCCAGAUAAAUGGCAUCCUCUGUUAUUAGCCAGUGAGAAAUCAGCCUUGAUAUUCAGAAGAGUCAUAGCUGUACCAUUUCCAAGGGAUGCAUUUUAGAAGCUUGAUUCAACCGCAACCCUAGCAUUCCAGCUCCAGUUAGGACUUCCAUCCAAAUGACAUAUCCAUUUCCUUUUGUUUCACUUUUCACAACCAUUUUUCCUCUUCUAUCCUCCCAUCAGCCAGGAUUUUCUGAAAAUGUAAUGUGCAAUACUUGCUAAGCAUUCUUUCACAUGUCCUAGGAUUAUUGUGUGUGUUUUUCCUUGAUUGUGCGGAUGUUGAAGCACAAAUCAUUUGGCCAUUGCUUGUAGCACCAUCAUGUCCAUUCCUUUGCAACUACAUAGUAUAAAAUGAAUUGCCAUAGGUUUAGAGGAAUUACUGUGUAUAAUUCAGGCUUCCUUGUUAGCAGACUGUGUGUGUUUUGUGGCUUAAUUUGUUCCGUAUAUUGUAAAAUGACAUUAACUCUGUAAGCUAAGCUGCCAUACAUAAUCUUUGAACAGUUUAACAAUAGCUUUGCAUGUGUGUUGUAAAUUGUCGAGCAGAAUCCUUAUUUCAUAAUUCCUGAAUGGUAACAAACAUUGCAGUCAUUGUCCUUUUUAAUCUAGAAAUAGAAAUGUGAGCAAUAUAAUCUUAAAAAUAGAUACCUGUACCGGAAAAAAUCUAGCAAAUAAAAAUGGACAUACAGACGUUUAAUCUACUGAUUUUGUUUGUCAUCUAUUUAGAGCACAUGUAAUAGAAGUAGGUUUAUUGAAACUGGAGUACGGAUAGUUUUCCUAUUUUAAUUUGGUAUUAAAUUGGUUGUUAACUUUUGGCGAGUUCUUUAAUAUAGCUGAUAAAUUAGAUUGAAAAUGAUAUUAAGGAAAUUUAAAUUCAUAUUUACCUAACUGAAGUGUUAAUUUUGUUUUUAAUAUGGUUUCCAUAAAAAAUGUUUUAUUUCUUUUCAUACUGUUGGUGUUGCUUUAUCUCUUAAACACAUAUCAGUAGAUUGUCAAUGUAUGUACAUCAUUUAUUUUGAUACUUUACAAGGAAUUUUGAAUAUUUUAUAUCUCAUCCUGGCACAAUUAUCUUAUUUUUAAUGAAAGCGCUUGUGGAUAAGAAUACACAUUAUCAUGACAUUUUUCUUAUUAAGUUUUAAGACAAUGUGCAUGAAUGAGAUUGAAGAACAGUGUACCUGCAAACUAUAAAUCAGCAAAUUUGUGGAUGCUAGAGUAGGCGUUGACAGUUUUAAAAUGUGACAAACAUGCUGUAUCACUAUAAGAGUACUUUCAGAGAGUGAUGUUUUUUCAGCAGUGCAAGUGCUUGUAUCUGCAUAAAAAGAAAAAAAAUGUUGCUGAAGUUUGUCUGUUGCCAAAGAAAUGUGAGGAAGACAAAGUUAAUUUAAUUUUUAUUUGUAUUUUAGUCAUUCAUAUGUAAACUUGUAAUUAGGAGAGGAACUGUUUCAUUGUGUACUAUGAUGAUAAUCGACUAACAGAAUCUGUAAUGUUGCAUGAACUUUUGUUUUAUCCAUUCUAGUUCCUGGUUUUCCUACAGUGAAGUCCCAGAUGGCGUCACAAAGUCUAGGUGCCAUGAGUCACUAAAGCCUGAUUAAUCAAGUCUACUGAAAUCCCUUGUGCCAUCAUAAAUUAUGUACCACCAAAUAGUUCUCUGGUUUUCGGUGCUCUUUCAGUUAUUUCACAGUAGUCGUUUGAAUUUUUUUCUUUUGGUUUGACCUUCGCAGGAGGAUGAUACUGACAGAUUAUCAGUAUAUGUCGAGUCCUUUGCCUUUGUAGUUAAUACAGAUAUAUAUAUAGGCAAAACAGGGAUGAAUUAUGUGGAAUUUCAUAAUAACAGGGUAUCUUUCUGUUUACUUUAAGGCACGAGUUUAAAGGUUCAAUGUUCCCACUGCCAUCUGUCGAACAGAUAGUAGAGUGCAAGUUACUAAUCCAAAUUGUUUGUUGUUGGACCUGCGUCACACAUUAAAUGUGUGUUCGUCUAUGGUAUAAAAUCAUUUAGUCUUUCCUGGGUUUUUCUUGGUGUUUCUGAUAUUACUUUUUUGUAUGCAAGAAUAGCCAGGGUAAUUAAAUAAGUGAUGACUGGAUAAAUUUAUAUUAUGGAGUAUAUACCUGUUAUACAACAUUUGAUAUGAUUUUUAGUGUUGUAUAUUGAUAAGGAAUUUAUGGUUGAGUAAUUUUAUAAAUGUAUGAAUUCAUACUUUGACAA